AUGCGCAGGAGCGCGGUGGCGGCUGUGUUGCACGACUGGCAGAAUAACGAAGAGCAGCGUUCGUACCAUGAACCACUUCGACAAUUGGCCACAGGAGGCGGAUAUGGAAUCCUUACAGACCAGAAGCCAUUCAGGCCACCAUUGAAGCAAACCAAUGCGCCUCAAUCCUUGCGCAAGCGACCGCGAGUCAAUUACGCGGGGCUAGAGGGGGCCAGCGAAAAUGAUGAAGCUUACAAGGAAGAAAAGGAAAUGCCCAAAAAGAAGAACAGCUUGGAAGGUGUUUAUAAGGGGAUCGACGCGUCUGGCGUCUCUCUCAACGCAGAUCGCCGCAAAUGGGCCGUGUACCAAGCAAAGCCAGAUGCUAUCAAGAGCAAAUUCACUAUUCCAAGCAUGAAAAAUGAGCGAGGAGAAUUUAUUGAAAAUCGCUUAACGCACGCGGCUCUUGGUGUGCGCAAGCCUAUUGAAGUGCCUCCUCGGCCUUUGUACGAUCCGAUGAGCGAGCAUGCCAUUGUGCUGUUUGAUCCUACAGUUGAUGACAAAGAUGCGGAACAAGAGCGAGAGCGUCUCCGAACUGCCUUUGAAGAGCAAAGAAAGGUACUCGACCGAGGCCCACAUAAAAGUUUAGCGCGCAUUCUGGGGUUAGAUAAACCCAAGCUAGUAAUUGAAGAGAAGGUGCCGGUGGUAAUUGAUCCACGUCUAGGCCGUAUACUGCGUCCACAUCAAGUCGAAGGUGUCAAGUUUUUAUACCGAUGCACCACUGGAAUGGUUUCAGAGAAUGCGCACGGAUGUAUUAUGGCUGACGAAAUGGGUCUUGGCAAGACACUCCAGUGUAUCACACUCAUGUGGACGCUUCUGCGCCAAUCUCCACGGGCAGGAAAGGGUACCAUUGACAAAGCGAUUGUGGAACCUCAGCCCCUGGCUCCCUCGCUCUCGAUGCGGAGGGUGAUUUUGUCGGGUACGCCUAUUCAGAACGAUCUCUCAGAAUACUUUUCGCUCAUCAAUUUCGCAAUACCUGAUAUUCUUGGUAACCGGAAUGAGUUCCGUAAGCGCUUUGAAAUUGAUAUCCUUCGUGGAAGAGAUGCGGAAGCUACCGACAAGGAAAAGCAAAUCGGCAGGGAAAAGCUACAGGAGCUUUCCGGUAUUGUGAGCCAGUUCAUUAUUCGACGCACGAACGAUAUCCUGUCCAAAUAUCUACCCCUCAAGUACGAGCAUGUGGUAUUCUGCAAUCUGUCGCCUUUUCAGCUGGAUUUAUAUCAUCUCUUUUUAAAAGCACCCGCCAUCCAAAAGAUGCUAAAGGGUGCCGUGUCGCAACCGCUAAAGGCCAUUGGCAUCUUGAAGAAACUAUGCAAUCAUCCUGACCUUCUCAAUCUCCCCGAGGAUUUGGAAGGGAGCGAAGAGUAUUUCCCUGAGGGCUAUAAACCUGGAGACAGGAGGAACGCGCUUGCUCGAGUGUGGCGAGAUGGCCAGAAAAAGACAUGCUUUGUCUACCGAUUUGUGGCCACAGGCUCGAUUGAGGAAAAGAUCUUGCAGCGCCAGUCUCACAAGCAGUCUCUAUCCUCCUGUGUCGUUGACGAUGACUUGGAUGCAGAGAGGCAUUUUUCUGGCGAAAUACUUCGUGCACUCUUCCAGUACAAGUCAAAUACGGUCUCUGACACGCACGACACAUAUAAAUGUAAGAGGUGCCGCGAUGGUAGGCAAGUUAUUCCCUCUCAAGCUAUGCUCUAUGGAGACACUAGCACGGAGCCGCUCGAGCAGAUGCAGCGCCUAUCAAUCCUCAUGGUGAAGGACGAGGAAGUCUAUAUGAAUGAUGUAUUCCGACGAGGAAUGGUCGGUGCACUCACGGGAAGUGGCGACUCUGCAUCCUUUGGGAAGCCAUGCGCGGAUUCCAAGCACAAGUCCGUGCCCAUUGAGUUCUUGGAUGAAUAUGCACGGACGCAGUGGGAAACCAUCCUGUAUUUCAUGGUGGGAAGUGAGCACUCCUCGCGUCCCAGGAAUACGGUCCUCUUUCUACUUCAGCGAGCGGGUCUCAUGCAGCGUGGAAGCGCAGGAGAGGACCUGAACAUCACGUCAUUGGGUUUCCAGUUUCUGUUGCAGGAUGUAAAUUCGCAACUGUGGGCUCUGCUCCUGCACUACCUGAGUAUGGCUGAAGAACGAAACAUGGACCUUGUAGAAAUCCUGUCCUUCUUCUUCACUGUCGGUGGCCUGGAGUUGGGACGCGCCUAUGAAACACAAGGUCUUUCGACGACGCAAAUGCAGACGCUCGAGGAGCUAAGUGAUUACGGCCUUGUAUACCGACCAAGCAAGAGCGUGAAAUACUUCUUUCCAACUCGGCUGGCUUCUACUCUGACGAGCACGGCCUCCCCUUCUCUCUCCCGCUUAAAUGAUCAAGAAGAACAAGGUUACUUGAUCCUGGAGACCAACUACCGCGUCUAUGCGUAUACCUGUACGUGCCAGCUAACGCGGCAUAGCGUCAAGUCCGCCUUGAACAAAGGCAUCACUGCCGACCAGAUUAUCACUUAUAUGUCGCACCAUGCUCACCCGCAAAUGUACAAAAAUCGGUCAACGGUGCGUCGUACUGUACUGACCCCAGGCAACCUGUAUACCGAUUUCACUUCGAUGGAGGACUAUUUCCAGGUACGCGAUUACGCCAAAAGUCUGGGCGUACUGCAAUGGGAGAGCGAGGCCAAGCGCAUGCUCUUUGUCACAGCAGAGGGACAUGCGCGUGUUCGAGAAUUCAUUCAGCGGCGGCGCGUGUAG